AUGGCUAGUGGUGGAUGCAGCAAGGGACCUGUGAGAGUUGUGAUAAUCAACACCCAAUACGUUGAAACCGACGCAACGAGCUUCAAAUCUGUGGUUCAGAAGCUUACGGGUAAAGACUCUGACACUUCAGGAACAACGACGGAGAGCAAAAGGCACGACAAAGGUGAGGUUCAGAGGUCGUUUUUGAUGAGAGAUGUGUCGUUUAAGGAGUUCGAUAGGUUGCUCCGCGAGAUGCCACCGUUGAACGACCUCUGGGCUGAUUAA